CAAGGGCCCAAGCCCAGCCAAGCGUCAGCGGAAGCCCAACCCCAAGCCUAGACCUGUCGUACCUGCAGGUCGUCACUCGCGCUAAGGGCGCACCAUCGAUUUUGGCGGUGCUAGACUGACAAUAUUGUCCAAUGGACCCCUAAUCCUCCUAUCGAAUGCGGCAAGGCCACGCGAAAAGGGGACGACCCAGGUGAUAGCAGGUCUUGGUGUUAUUUCCACAUGUUGCGUGUGGCGUUCUGGCUAACGAUGGGCGACUUCUUUCGCGCAGUGAGCACCAUGUCUUCUUAUCUCGUUCUUUUCCAAUACGCGUACUUGUGUGACGAUUGCUUGCUAUAAGUUGCGAGUUCCUCGUGACAAUCUACCAUCUUCCCGCGCCCGAGCCAGCACCAAGUCGACAUGACUGUCAUUACCAGGACCAACCCGAUCACGCGACACCGCGCAGGAGGUGAGAUACUGGUCACCGGCGGCGCUGGCUUCAUUGGGUCAAAUCUCGUUGACGCCCUGUUGGAGGAAGGGUGCUGGCACGUCACGGUCCUCGACAACUUUGAGGACUUCUACUCCCCCGCCAUCAAACGGGCCAACCUCGCGGCGCACCAUGGCAAUCCAAACUUCACAUUGUACGAGGUCGACAUACGGCACAAGGAAAACCUGCGAUCGGUCUUUGAGGAGAACAAGUUCGAUACCAUUGUCCAUCUCGCGUCAAAAGCUGGUGUGCGUCCCUCGCUAGAGCGUCCAGGCGACUACGUCGACACAAACACCACGGGAACGUUGAACCUCCUGGAAUGCGCGAGAGAAUUUGGCGUGGGCACCUUCGUCUUCGGGUCGUCCUCCAGCGUGUACGGUCUUAACGCCAAGGUCCCCUUCUCCGAGGAGUGCAAGACGUCGCAGCCAAUCUCCCCCUACGCUGCGUCCAAGACGGCCGCCGAGCUGCUCUGCCACACGUACGCGCAUCUGUACCAGAUUCGCUGCGUGUGCCUCCGUUUCUUCACCGUGUACGGCCCCCGGCAGCGCCCCGACCUGGCGAUUCACAAGUUUGCGCGGCUGAUUGCCGAGGGAAAACCCAUUCCCGUCUUUGGGGAUGGCAGCACGCGGAGGGACUAUACCUAUGUCGACGACAUCAUCCAGGGCGUUCGGGCGGCUUUGGACUACCGAGGCUCGCUCUAUGAGGUGUUCAACCUCGGCGAGUCGCAGACGAUUGAGCUGGGUCAGUUGAUCGCUUUGCUCGAGCAGAGCAUAGGGCGUACGGCCAAGAUUGAUCGUCGCGGCGCACAAGCUGGCGAUAUGGCUGUGACAUAUGCCAACGUGUCCAAGGCGAGUCGGCUGUUGGGGUACAAGCCCACGACGAACAUCAGACAAGGGAUCCCCAAGUUUGUAGAGUGGUUUCUGGAUCAGCGAGCGUAACACUGUAAAGAUCAAUGCAUUAAUGUUUUUUUCUUUCUCUUCCGCCACUUGUCGUCCUGCUUGUAUAUCCAUGUCCCCUUGCCGUCAAUGUGUAGAUAGACCCAUGCAUAACAUCCAUGAAAAAUCAUUGCGCGCUCGCCAUCACAUACAAGUCAAGGAUGUCGCCUCAAAGGGCUCAUCCAGUAGAUUUACAGGAUUCUCUUCGAUCUUGCCCCUUCAAGAGGCAGGUCGCGAUUGUCAGACGGGUCGACGU